CAACGGUCGUGGCGAAUCUGCUGCUGCCAAUAAGGAGUUCCAGUGGAGGUCGGAGUAAGGAACCCGCCGUCUCCCGUAAACGGCCGGUGGAGACGGCUUUUUGUCGCGGUGGUGCGGAAAGAACCCAAAACUUGCCGAGAGUAUGAGCGACUGGAUGCCCAUCGCCAAGGAAUAUGACCCACUUAAAGCUGGCAGCAUCGAUGGUACAGAUGAAGACCCACAUGACCGAGCUGUGUGGAGGGCCAUGCUGGCCCGUUAUGUCCCCAACAAAGGAGUCACCGGAGACCCCCUCCUUACCCUGUUUGUGGCACGACUGAACUUGCAGACCAAAGAGGAGAAGUUAAAGGAAGUCUUCUCCCGGUAUGGUGACAUUCGGCGGCUGCGGCUGGUUCGGGACCUGGUGACAGGCUUCUCCAAGGGCUACGCCUUCAUUGAGUACAAGGAGGAGAGGGCCCUGAUGAAGGCCUACAGAGAUGCUGAUGGCCUGGUCAUCGACCAGCACGAGAUCUUUGUGGACUACGAGCUAGAGAGGACUCUCCGUGGCUGGAUCCCUCGGCGGCUGGGUGGGGGAUUGGGUGGGAAAAAGGAAUCAGGGCAGCUGAGGUUUGGUGGCCGAGANCGGCCUUUCCGAAAACCCAUUAACUUGCCAGUUGUCAAGAAUGAGCCACACAGAGAAGGGAAAAGGGAAAGGAGGGAGCGAUCUCGAUCUAGGGACAGACACUGGGACCCCAGGCCCAGGGAUCGGGACCAUGACAGGGGCCGAGAGAAGCACUGGCAAGAGAGGGCCAGGGUGUGGCCCGAGAAUGAUUGGGAGAGAGAGAGGGAGCUCAGGGAGGAGAGGGCCAGAGCCAGGGACAAGAGGGACAGAAGUAAGUAGAGGCGGCAGCAGGCAGCCUCCGUCAGGCUGGGACAGUUCCUUUUGCAGUCCUGGGGAUUGAACUAGAGAGUGCUGCAUGUGAGGCAAGCGCUCCAACCACAGCCACACAGGAUGAGAGGGAGAAACAAGUGUCUAAGAAGAAAUGUCCGGCUCAUGUGGAAAUAGAAGUUUGCAUAUGCUGUCAAUGCCGCACUUGGGAGUUGGAAGCAGGAAGAUGGAAAGAGAGAGGGGAUAAUAAAGAAUGUGUCUUCCCUUUCUCA